AUGUCUACUUCAUCUUGUUCAAACGUUUUUGAGCUUGGAAAGUACAGGGUAGAGUUCCAAACAGUUGAUGCAGCAGAGACUAGUAGUGGAUGCUGCAGCACCAAGUCUUCUUCAACUGUUUCGCUUCGGCCUCCGAAGCAGCUUUUGAUUGGCUUGCCUUGCGAAGCUGGAGAGUUCCCAGUGCUGCUCCUCCUCCAUGGUUUUCUUCUCUCCAACUCUUUCUACUCUCAGCUUAUCCAACACAUCGCCUCUCAUGGCUUCAUCGUCAUUUCCCCACAGUUGUAUACAAUAGCUGGAUCAGAUACAAGUGAUGAGAUCAAGUCCACAGCUGCAAUAACAAACUGGUUAUCAGAAGGACUUCAAUCCUUGCUUCCACCGCAUGUUCAUGCAAAUCUAAACAAGCUAGCACUCGCCGGGCAUAGUCGAGGAGGCAAAGUUUCUUUUGCACUAGCAUUAGGGAAAGAAGGCAUCACUACUAGCUUGAAAUUUUCAGCCUUAAUAGGCAUAGACCCAGUUGAUGGAAUGGACAAGGGAAAACAGACCCCUCCACCAGUACUAACCUAUGUCCCUCAUUCUUUCGAUCUUGAAGGCAUGGCAGUAAUGGUGAUUGGUACUGGUUUGGGUGAAGUGAAGAGAAACCCUCUAUUCCCUGCUUGUGCUCCAAAGGGUGUAAACCAUGAGGACUUCUUCAAUGAAUGCCGAAAACCGGCUUGUUACUUUGUGGCCAAGGACUACGGGCAUCUUGAUAUGCUUGAUGAUGAGACAAAGGGGGUUAGAGGGAAGGCUACAUAUUGUUUGUGCAAAAAUGGCAAGUCUAGGGAACCCAUGAGAAAAUUUGUUGGAGGAGUUGUGGUUGCUUUCAUUAAAGCCUAUUUGGGAGGGGAUAGCAAUGAACUAAUGGCUAUAAGUGAAGCAGGGUAUGAUGCUGCACCAAUUGAGCUUCAAAGUGUUGAAUUCCUAUUGUGA